AUGAGCGAGUUCCGCAUUCACCACGACGUCAACGAGCUGCUGAGCCUGCUGCGGCUGCGCGGCGGCGAGGGGGCCGAGCUCUACAUCGACCUGCUGCAGAAGAACAGGACUCCCUAUGUCACCACCACUGUCUCUGCACACAGUGCCAAGGUGAAGAUAGCAGAGUUCUCCAGAACUCCUGAGGAGUUUUUAAAGAAGUAUGAUGAGCUGAAGUCUAAAAACACAAGGCACCUGGAUUCUUUAGUUUACCUGCUGUCAAAACUCACAGAAGACAAAGAGACCCUCCAGUACUUGCAGCAGAAUGCUAAGGAGAGGGCAGAGCUUGCAGCAGCUUCAGCAGCCAGUGGCAGCACAAGUUUCUCCCUGCCCACCUCUGCCUCCAAGAUCUCCCUGCAGGAGCUGGAGGAGCUGCGCAAGCAGCUGGGCAGCGUGGCAGCCAGCUCCAGUGCCCAGCAGCCUCUGGAGCUGACGCGGAAAGCCCUCCGAGAGAGGCAGAGCAGGAAGAGCUCUGGGCAGCCCAUCCCAGUCUUCCCCUCCUGGGUGUAUGAGAGACCUGCACUGAUUGGGGAUUUCUUGAUUGGCCUGAGUUUAAGCACUGACACAACAGUGCCCAUAGGAACUUUGCCCUUGCCAUCUCAGGAGUCCAUGAUUGUGGAGGACUUGCUGUAUGUUCUGAUUGGUGUGGAUGGGAGAUACAUCACAGCACAGCCCCUGGUGGGCAGGCAGAGCAGAGCCUUUGCAGUGGAUCCCAACCUGGACUUGUCCAUCAAAGAGCUGGUGACCAGGAUUCUGCCUGUAGCAGCAAGUUACUCUGCUGUCACCAGGUUUAUAGAGGAGAAGUCCUCCUUCGAGUACGGGCAGGUGAACCACGCGCUGGCGGCGGCCAUGCGCACCCUGCUCAAGGAGUACAUGAUCCUCAUCACCCAGCUGGAGCACCUCCAGAGGCAGGGCCUCCUCUCCCUCCAGAAGCUCUGGUUCUACAUCCAGCCCACCAUGAGGACCCUGGAGAUCCUGGCUUCACUUGCUACCUCUGUGGAUAAAGGUGAGUGCCUGGGAGGAUCAACCCUGAGCUUACUCCACGACAAGACCUUCAAUUACACAGGGGACAGCCAGGCCCAGGAGCUGUGCCUGUAUUUAACCAAGGCAGCCAGUGUGCCUUACUUUGAAAUCCUGGAGAAGUGGAUCUACAGAGGCAUCAUCAAUGACCCCUACAGUGAGUUCAUGGUGGAGGAGCAUGAGCUGCAGAAGGAGAAGAUUCAGGAGGACUACAAUGACAAGUACUGGGACCAGAGGUACACUGUGGUCCAGCAGCAGAUUCCCUCCUUCCUGCAGAAGAUGGCUGACAAAAUCCUCAGCACAGGGAAGUACUUGAACGUGGUGCGGGAGUGUGGCCGAGACGUCACCUGCCCUGUGGCCAAGGAGGUCAUCUACACUCUCAAGGAGAGAGCCUAUGUGGAGCAAAUAGAGAAAGCUUACAACUAUGCCAGCAAAGUCCUUCUGGAUUUCCUGAUGGAGGAGAAAGAGCUGGUGGCUCACCUGAGGUCUAUAAAACACUAUUUCCUGAUGGACCAAGGGGACUUCUUUGUGCACUUCAUGGACCUCACAGAGGAGGAGCUGAAGAAGCCUGUGGAUGACAUCAUCACCACGAGGCUGGAGGCUCUGCUGGAGUUAGCCCUGCGCAUGAGCACGGCCAACACAGACCCCUUCAAGGAUGAUUUAAAGAUUGACUUGAUGCCCCAUGACCUCAUAACACAGCUCCUGAGAGUGCUGGCCAUAGAAACCAAGCAGGAGAAGGCCAUCAUCAGUGCAGACCCCACAGAGCUCACUCUCAGUGGCCUGGAAGCAUUCUCCUUUGACUAUAUUGUGAAGUGGCCUCUCUCCCUUAUCAUCAACAGGAAAGCCCUGACCAGGUACCAGAUGCUGUUCAGACACAUGUUCUAUUGCAAGCACGUGGAGAGGCAGCUGUGCAACGUUUGGAUCAGCAACAAGGCAGCCAAGCAGUUCUCCCUGCACUCAGCUAAGUGGUUUGCCGGCGCCUUCACGCUGCGGCAGCGGAUGCUCAACUUCGUGCAGAACAUCCAGUACUACAUGAUGUUUGAGGUGAUGGAGCCCACCUGGCACAUCCUGGAGAAGAACCUCAAGCUGGCCUCUAACAUUGAUGAUGUCCUGAGCCACCACACAAGCUUCCUGGACAACUGCUUGAAGGACUGCAUGCUCACCAACCCAGAGCUGCUCAAGAUCUUCUCCAAGCUGAUGUCUGUCUGUGUCAUGUUCACAAACUGCAUGCAGAGGUUCACUCAGAGCAUGAAGCUGGAUGAUGAGAUGGAGAGGCUCACCCUGGAGCAUGGAACCAUGCUGGGCCCACCCACGGAGCAGGAGCGUGCCCAGGAGAUGAUGAAGAAGAAGCUGACCCACAAGCUUUUAGCAGAGCAUGCAGACAGCCUCCACCUGACCUCUGGCUUCGAAGCCACCAUCAACAAGUUUGACAGCAAUUUCUCCACCCAUCUCUUGGACCUGCUGGACAAACUGAGUGUCUACAGCACCAAUGACUGUGAGCACAGCAUGCUCAACAUCAUCUACAGGUUGGACUUCAACGGCUUCUACACGGAGCGCCUGGAGCACAUGUCCGCCGAGCGCAGCCAGAAGGCAGCUCCCUCCCUGCCCUGCCUGCCUGUGCCUGCCCAGUGAAACCCCCCCUGCCCCUCCACCCCAGCUGCCACCUCUUCUGCACCAGCAGCCACUCAGUGGGAGCCAACUCUCAGCCCUCCCUGCGAGCUGGAAGCCAAGCAGCCGGAGAGCCUCCCGACC